UUUCCCAAAUAAAACGCCAUACACAUAUAAAUAUAUACUUCAUGCAAGUGGAAAUUAAUAAAACACAUUAACAUAUUAAAAACAAGAAUGGGCGAGCUCCACCCUGGUUUUCGCUUCUACCCUACUGAAGAGGAGCUUGUUUCCUUCUACCUACUUAACAAGCUUGAAGGGAAGAGACCAGAACGACUACAGCAAGUUAUCCCAGAAAUAAACAUUUGCAGCACUGAGCCAUGGGAUCUCCCAAAGUUUGCAGGAGAACUGUGUCAAGGAGACACUGAGCAAUGGUUCUUCUUUACUCCGAGACAGGAAAGAGAGGCCAGAGGAGGGAGACCCAGUCGCACUACAGCAUCUGGGUACUGGAAGGCCACUGGUUCUCCUGGUUACGUAUACUCAUCUGACAACCGAGUGAUUGGAGUUAAGAAAACCAUGGUCUUCUACAAGGGUAAAGCUCCCACGGGAAGAAAAACCAAAUGGAAGAUGAACGAGUAUAGAGCCAUUGAAGGAGGAGCUGACUCAUCUACUACUUCUGUUCCUAAGUUGAGGCAUGAAUUCAGUUUGUGCCGAUUCUACGUAAUAUCAGGGAGUUUUCGAGCAUUUGAUAGACGUCCGCUAGAAACUGGGGCAAAGGAGACAAAAGUGGUUGGUGAUGGAGCAACAACAAUAUCUGCUCAUGACCCUAAAAUGGCGGACAACACAAGUUCAUCUGAGACUUCAAACUCGGGAGGAGAUCAUACAGGAACUGCCAACUGGGAGAUGGUUGAUGGUUUUAUAGACACACUGUGGGAGUUGGAGCAAUUGAACUGACCUUGAUUUUAAGUAAAACAUGUAGAUCUGCAGCCCUGCUGCACAAUUCUGUAUAGCUUUCUAAUGUUAGGGAUAGACAAGCAUAAGUCUAGCUUGACUUCUCAAGUAGAGAAUUCUUUUUCCUUUAAUGUCAACUGGAGGAAAGGUGGGAGUAAUAAGGAUUAUUCUAUCCGAUUCAUAAUAUUUGUCGCAUUUGGCCAUUUUACAUAGUUUAAAAAAUUAAUAAAUAUGUUUUGAUUUGUAUACAAUUUUAUUAAAUUGUCCAUAUUAAGUACCAAUAGUUUUAUAUU